AGGACUUAGCCUAGUGACAACAGAAAGUUCAAAGCAUCCGUGACUGUAUCAUCAACUACAGCACACCAUGAAUUACUUCGUGAGAGACCCUUCAUAACAGUGGUAGUACCUCUCUCAUGGCGAGAGGGUUAAAUAGGUGUAUCACUCUUUAUGAUGUGCCUUCUGCAAGUUUGUAGGCUAGAUAUUCAUAUUCGAUGAUAUGAAGGCUAAAGAACAUACGCGCUUUAUAAAACAUCUCCCAACACCCCCGUACCUUCUACAUUUCCUCGGCACCUUGACAUUACACAGUACUCUCCCGAUACUCACCACAAGAUUCCUCUAAAGCAUCUAACAUGGCCGAUCCGCGAAUGCAAGCGGGCCAGCCCGGUACUUCGUACUUCAUGGAAUCGCCCGCAGUGUUUCCAGAGGCGACCAGGCCGAAGAAGGGUAGGGGGCGUUUUUCUUCCAGCACCUGGUUCAAGAGCCCCCGGGACAUAACUUGGACCAUAGACUCCAAACUAGACGGCCGAGACAAGCCAUCCGGGUACGACAGCAACUCGCUCAUCACGAUCCUCCGCUCCUCGCAGUGCGUCUGCGCUGCCGCGACACUGAUAUUCUAUGUCUUCACCAUGUCCGCGCCCGCCCCCUGGCUCCUCUUCUUCGCGGUCGCCAUGGGCGUUCUCUCCGGCGGCUGGAGCAUCCUCGCCCUCUACCUCCGCCACCAGUACGCGAUAUGGCUCGUCAUCGCCGAGAUCGUGCUCGCCAUCGGCUGGAUCGUUCUCUUCGCCACCAGCUCGGCCGCCACACCCGAGGACGCCAAGGCCGUGACGUUCCAUCUGGGAUUGCUCGCCAUGGAGGCUUCUAUGGUUCUCUGGAUCCAGACUUGCCUGUUGGCAGUGACGCCCUUCUUUCACAAGAUUCUGCCUUCGGUGUUCCUGGGAAAGAUGAAGAUCAAGAAGAAGAAGGCGACAAGCGAUUUGGAGAUGGUGAGAUGAUGAUGGCCCUCUUCUUUGGACCAGCGACGUCUUGAGAGAUGCUGACCAAAAGAAAUUCAAGCAACCCCAAUUCGAAAACGCGGGCCCGGGGCCCAUACCGCAGCGCCACGUAACGACCUUUGAACGGGGCCGGGAGGCACCGCGUGCGCCCUUCGAGAACCCUGAUCAUCUUCCUGCCGCGCCUACGUCCCAGCACCAGCAACCAUCACCAUAUCACAACGAACGAGAUCUGACAAGUCCCUGG